GGGACGUCUUACUAUGACUAAAGCGGCAAAUCGUUGCUCUGUAGGAACAACCACUGUGCAUAAAUACUGGAAGAAAUAUUGUUCAAAAUGUCAUGUGCUGUUUUCCACUAUGGGUGCGCUUUCUCGUCAUGCUUGUGUACAGGACACUCAUGUCGAAACAUUGUCAAUUGGAUCGACUUUCCUCUCACUUAUUUAAAUGGUUUUGAACAGCACAGCACUCAUCCAGAUUUUGUUGAUGCUCUUCCACCUGUUUUGAAUAAUCCGCAAAAAUGUCCUUACGGUCUGUAUGCUGAGCAACUUUCGGGGACAGCCUUCACUUGUCCUCGUGCUUUGAACAAAAGGACUUGGCUUUACCGUAUUCGACCUUCAGUGCAACACAAACCUUUUGAACGUUUUCGCGGAAUUAAUGAUGAAAGAUUCGUCAACAAUUUUUUUUGUUUUCAACCAAAUCCGAAUCAAAUCCGCUGGAAGCCGCAUCCGUUGCUUAAUAAAACUCAAAAUGGGGCUAUUAAAAUUGAUUUUGUUGAGAGUUUUUACACUGUUUGUGGUGCUGGUUCGCCUCAAAUUCGUAAUGGACUUGCAAUUCAUUUGUAUUCAUGUAAUGCUCCAAUGGAGGACAAGGCUUUUCAGAAUGCUGAUGGGGAUAUGUUAAUUGUUCCACAACAGGGCACUUUGCUUAUUAUUACAGAAUUUGGGAAAAUGGAGAUUGAACCACAGGAAAUUGCUGUCAUCCCUCAAGGCAUUCGUUUUAGUGUUGAUCCUGUUGAAGGGCCUUCCCGUGGUUAUCUUCUGGAGGUUUUCGGUUCUCAUUUUCAAUUGCCAGAGCUUGGUCCUAUCGGCGCUAAUGGAUUAGCAAAUCCUCAUUGUUUUCAAAUACCCACAGCCUGGUUUGAAGAAAAAGAUGUUCCAUUUAAAAUAAUUAACAAAUUUCAAGGAUUGUUGUUUGAAGCCAAACAGGAACAUUCUCCUUUUGAUGUGGUAGCUUGGAGAGGAAAUUAUGUUCCUUUCAAGUAUAAUUUGCGCCAUUUUAUGACGAUAAAUACUGUUAGUUACGACCAUUGUGAUCCAAGCAUAUUUACUGUUCUGACCGCUCCAGGCAUCUCCCAAGGUGUUGCUCUUGCCGAUUUUGUUAUUUUCCCGCCUCGAUGGGCUGUUGCUGAAGGGACAUUUCGUCCUCCUUAUUUUCAUCGCAAUUGUAUGAGUGAAUUUAUGGGUCUUAUAGUUGGUAAAUAUGAGGCAAAAGAAGGAGGUUUUUGUCCUGGUGGUGCUUCUCUUCAUUCAAUAAUGACUCCACAUGGGCCUGACUCUAAAUGUUUUGAAAAUGCAAGUAAUGAUAAAUUGGGGCCAUUGAAGAUUGCUGAAGGAACUAUGGCGUUCAUGUUUGAGAGUUCUCUAAGUUUGGUAGUUACUGAUUGGGCGAAUAAAGAGAAUGUAGAUGAAGAAUAUUACAAGGAUUGGGAGCCGCUCAAGAAAUGUUUUAAUGGGGAAAAAUGA